AUGACGAAAGAACUUCGUUUCAUUGCUGUGUUUAUGACAUCCUUGGUCACCUUAUUUACAACGGGUGAGGCCUCCUUAGGUGACGAGCAGAGGCUGAUUCAUGACCUGUUUCAAAACUACAGCAAGUUCUCUCGUCCAGUGCUGAAAAAAAAUGAUCAAGUUGUGGUCACUUUCAGGGCGAAACUCAAGCAAAUAAUCGACUUGAAGGACAACGAACAGCUCCUACAAGUAAUUCUCUACACGUAUCAGGAAUGGACUAAUCCAUUGCUCACAUGGAACGCCUCUCUAUACGGUGGAACGGAGGAAAUCAACGUCGAUGCGUCUAUGGUUUGGGUGCCGGAUAUUGUGCUUUAUAACAGCGCAGAGUUUACUUUCUCUGGUGGAACUCACAAGUAUAAAACAGAUGUCAUAAUAUUUUGGAAUGGAAGCACAAUUUGGCUUGCACCCGCGAUGUUUAUCACAGUCUGCCACCUCGACGUGCGGUAUUUUCCUUUCGACGAUCAAAAGUGCCCGAUGAAGUUUGGAAGCUGGACCCACGACGAAUCACGUUUAGACAUGCGCAUUCUCACCAAUGCCUCCAGUGACGACAUCUACACGGAACAUGGCGAGUGGCAGCUGCUAGGACUGGAGCAGAAAAGGACAUCAAAGUUUUACGACUGCUGCCCGAAACCGUACGUGGACAUAACAUAUACUAUCCACGUUCGCCGAAAGCCCUUGUUCUAUACUCUUUACCUGAUUGUUCCUGCCAUAAUAAUCACAGCCAUGGUGUUGGUAGGCUUCUACCUGCCGCCAGAGUCUGGAGAGAGGAUGCAACUCGGAAUAACCGUCCUGUUGGCCAUGAUAGUGUUCCUGCAGCUCGUGUACCAAAAUCUUCCAUCGACUUCAAAUAGCGCUCCCCUUUUGGGAAAAUACUACAUUGUCACAAUGUUUCUGAUCUCACUUUCGCUGGCUGCCACUUGUCUGGUGUUAAACUUUUCCUACGGCCGGCAUUGCGAUGGUGAAAUGCCCAUGUGGGUUCGAAUGAUCAUUCUGCAUUGUCUUGGUCGACUUUUUGGAUCAUCGCAUAAUUCUGUGAAUAGAAGGCGAAAGUCGACGAGUGGAAGAACAAACGAAUGGAAGGUUGCUGCCAGUAUAAUGGAUAAGUUCUUUAUGGCUUUUUUUGCAUUCAUAAUUACUGUCGUAGCGUUGUAUUUUUUUUACCAAGCCCCACACUAA